CUAUAUCGGUUCAAUUCAAAGUUUUUAACGAGACAGGAGGAGAUACCUUUAGAUCGCCUAGUAAAAUUACCAAUCAAGGCAAUCAUUCACUUUUUUCUGGGCUCAGAAUAAAAUCUGCUCAAUGCUACGUCGUUUCACUCCCCUGGCUAUUCUAUUCACGUUCACCGGAUUCAUCUUCGCCGUCCGUUCACAAGAGUUCAGACCUAACCUCCAUCGAUCCCGGCGGGAAAUCACGGCGGCGCGCCCCGAACGUAUAGGUUCCAUACAAGUGCCGCCGGGCUUUCCGUUCAAGAUCGCGUUGUUUGCGGACCUGCAUUUCGGAGAGAACUCAUGGACCGCGUGGGGCCCGCAGCAGGAUAUAAAAUCAGUUGGGGUGAUGUCUACCGUUCUCGAUCAAGAACACCCAGACUUUGUGAUUUAUCUUGGGGAUGUCAUCACGGCAAACAAUAUACCCACUAAAAAUGCUAGCUUGUACUGGGAGCAAGCAAUCUCUCCUACAAGAGCCAGAAGAAUUCCAUGGGCUAGUGUUUUUGGUAACCAUGAUGAUAUGCCAUUUGUGUGGCCAUUGGAAUGGUUUUCAACUUCUGGAGUCCCUCCCGUCCAAUGCCCACAGAAUAUUUCAUACCCUGGAUACAAAGAUUGCAGCUUCAGGGGAACAACGCGCUUGGAGCUGAUGAAAUAUGAAGUGGAUCACAACACAUUAUCACACUCUAAAUGCGGUCCGGGGGUUUUAUGGCCCAGUGUUUCCAACUAUGUCCUUAGAAUUUCAUUGACAAGUGACCCUGACACUGCUGUAGCAUAUAUGUACUUCCUAGAUUCUGGGGGUGGCUCAUACCCUGAGGUUAUCUCAAAUGCACAAGUGGAAUGGUUCAACCGCACGGUUCAAGAACAUAAUCCUGAUGCAAGGGUGCCUGAGUUAAUGUUUUGGCAUAUACCUAGUCAAGACUAUCAUCAUGCGGCUGCAGAUCUUUCUCAACACAAGACAUGCGUGGGUUCAAUGUUUGCAGAGAAAGUUGCUGCUCAGGAAGCUGAAAUGGGUAUUAUGGAUCUCCUUGAGAGAAGAUCAUCUGUGAUGGCUUUGUUUGUUGGUCACAACCAUGGACUGGACUGGUGCUGCCCCUACAAGAAGUUGUGGCUGUGCUACGCGCGCCAUACCGGGUAUGGCGGGUAUGGGAGCUGGGCUAGAGGGGCCCGGAUUCUGGAGAUAACUCAGCACCCUUUCGCCCUAAAAUCUUGGAUUCGAAUGGAAAAUGGAACUGUACAUAGUGAGGUCAUCUUGAGCAGCUCUUGAUUUGUCCCCUCUCUUCCUCUUCUGUUUCAGUCACAAUAGAAGGGGACAAUGUACAUUAAAAAAGUGUAUCAAACAAUUUAAACCAGCAAUGUUUCACUGUCUUUAAAAAUCUUCAUUCUUAAACUCUUUUGAGAAAUUGUGUUGUUUGAGUGGAACUGUAUGAGGAAAAAAUGGAGAGAAUUAUU